UUUUCCUUCAAAAUUUCCUUUAUAUUUUAUUGCUUUAUAAAAGGUAAAGUUUAAAGAAGAUGCAGCAGCAGCAAAAGCUAAAGCAGCAACAAGCUCUGAUGCAACAAGUUCUGUACCACAAUCCUGGUUUCUUGGGCGGUCAUCAGAUAGAACCUAUCUUGAGUGGAAACCUUCCUCCUGGAUUUGAUGCAGCUACUUGCCGCAGUGUGUAUGUGGGAAAUAUUCACCCCCAAGUCACGGAACCCCUUCUGCAAGAAGUCUUCUUGAGUACUGGUCCUAUUGAAGGAUGCAAACUUAUUAAAAAGGACAAGUCAUCCUAUGGUUUUGUGGACUACUUUGAUCGCAGAUCAGCUGCCCUUGCAAUUGUGACUCUUAAUGGAAGACAUCUGUUUGGGCAACCUAUUAAAGUUAAUUGGGCUUAUGCUAGUAGUCAGAGGGAGGAUACAUCAGGUCAUCACAACAUUUUUGUUGGUGACCUUAGUCCCGAAGUUACAGAUGCUACUUUGUUUGCAUGUUUUUCUGUGUACUCUAGUUGCUCGGAUGCAAGGGUCAUGUGGGAUCAAAAAACUGGGCGUUCUAGAGGUUUUGGCUUUGUUUCUUUCAGGGACCAGCAGGAUGCCCAAAGUGCAAUUAAUGACUUAAAUGGGAAGUGGCUUGGAAGUAAACAGAUCCGAUGUAAUUGGGCUGCAAAAGGUGCCACUUCAAAUUAUGACAAAUUAAAUUCAGAUGCCAAAAGUGUUGUAGAUCCAACAAAUGGAACCUCUGCAGAAGGUCAUGAGAAGACUAAUGAUGAUGCUCCUGAAAACAAUCCUCAAUAUACCACUGUUUAUGUUGGCAAUCUUGCCCCAGAGGUUACAUCAGUUGAUCUUCACAGGCUUUUCCAUGCCCUUGGAGCGGGAACUAUCGAAGAUGUUCGUGUGCAACGAGAUAAAGGCUUUGGCUUUGUAAGAUACAGUUCACAUACUGAAGCAGCUUUAGCCAUACAGAUGGGAAAUGCCAGAAUUCUAUGUAGUAAACCAAUUAAGUGCUCAUGGGGUAGCAAACCUACUGCAGCAGGUACAAGCUCGACCCCUCUGCCUCCACCAGCUGCAACACCUAUGCCUGUUUUUUCAGCUGCCGACCUUGCUGCCUAUGAACGGCAGAUGGCAAUGAGUAAAUAUAGCGGUGCGCCCUUAAGCAGGCAGCCACGGGAAUGGGUGCAGCUGCAGCUGGUCAAGCAAUCUACGACAGUGGAUACCAAAACGUUGCAACAACCCAGCAGCUUAUGUACUACCAGUAAUCGGAGGGAUCCUGCUCAUGGCUGCACAGGGAGAACUCUGUAUUUGGAGAACCGUCGUAGGAUGCUUCUGCUGUUUUCUUUUUCUUUUUCUUGUUUUUUGGCUAGACAGCUAAAUUCCCUGUUUGUACCUUAAUCCCAUGUGUACUAAACUCAUUCCUUGGC